AUGGCACCGAGCUGGGCAGUACCUGUUGGCUCCCUGCUAGGCCUUGUCGCAGUGGGCCUCAUAUUUGUUGCCUGGUUCUUUCCGCACGCAUGGAAGAAGGGCACUCAGGCCGAACGAGACUUAGUCGAUGGACUUCCAGAAGAGACCCGGGAGGCGCGCAUCAAGUACAAUCGUGCCAUAAUCAAGCGCUAUGAGAAGCGGUUGGCUAGGGAAAGAGGCGAGUUCGUGGACGAUAGUGACGAUGAUCUCGAGAUGCAAGCCCCAGAGCCGCCACCACCUGCGUAUGUGCCGACUGAGCACUCCAAAGUCCCGGCGGAAAGGACGGCUGGUGCACAAGAAUCUGUGUAA